AUAAGGUUGGCGUAUGAAAUCUAUUGAAAUUGUUUAUGUGAAAAAGUCAUAUGAAAACCUUAUAGAAAUAUAUUUCAUGAUGGCGAAAAAAGCAGACCAGUCGAAGCAAGAGGAUGGUGAACAUAUUUGGAAAAAGAAAGACUCGACCGCGCUAUUUAUCAUUCCAACGAUCAAACAUCUCCUCAAAACCCGGCCAUAAAGUCAGAACCGGUAGCCAUGUCGAUGAGCGGCACGACGAGUUGCGCGAUUUGGUUCUGUGCCAGGGCAGGUCAAACCCGAACUUUAAUUUGCUUCCAGGUCUUGAAGGCGCAGCGCAACUCAUACCUGUUCUUCGACGCGAUCCGUUUCCGGCGUUAUCAGUGAGCAGCUGGAGCAACCGGCUGUUUAAAACCAACGACAAGAUUAACCAUACACUUUUGCCGUCGGAAAUCUACGAGUCGCAACAAGAGGUCAUGCUGCAGAUUUGGAGUUUGAGGUGGUGCCGUUUCCUUCACACUUCCCGAUGUUCGUCUUACAUCCCUUAG